CGUAUCAAAACAUUCGAGUUUCGCAUUUCGUCGGCUGAGCACGCGUUCUGUUUUCCCUCUUCAAGCAAAGGAAUUCUAUACUGUUUUGGUAUACUAAUUUAGUGACACUUAGUACUCGAGCUAGCCGUUUGCCAUAAUAAAUUAUUUUUAGUGUCGUUAUACCAUCUAUGGUGGAAAAUCACAACGGUGCCACUACUAGCGAGCGACUGUCGUCGUGUACUUGGACUACUGCUCUAAAGAGUGUAUUGUGAAAUAAAAUCAAGCUCGGCCAUCGAAGCAGAAGGCAAGUGCAAAUAGUGAGUGAGUGAGUGUAGAAAUUAAGCUGCAAACAAUAGGAAGCGCGACGAACGAUUCGGCCCGAAUCGAAUCAAGUGUGAAUUUCUGGCUUUGUUUUGCAAUUUGCGAAGAAGCGAGUCACGUGUGUUCCAUCGCAUAUUCAAACUACUGGAUGGUGGUGAUCGAGUAAGAUAAAGCUACCAGGUGCGAUUUGGCCUGCUGAGGUGUUAAAAGGGUGCCAAUGUGAAUCAAGUGUUGCUGUGUUUUUUUCUGUUGUUGUUUAUGUACCACACCAGCAAGUGUUUGAAUGUAGUGUAGCUUACCACUGGUACGAGGCUAAUUAAGCUGUCAGAAGAUAAAAAAUAGCAUUAUUUGUUUACAACCGUAAGAGCCAAAGUGUAACCUGUUCGGGAGAUCCGUAACCGGGAACAGAGAAGAAAACAAGACGCAUUUUCCUGCAUCGCGCGCGCACCCCGAUAGUGGUCAAAGUUGGCUGCCACCGAGGACGAAGCAACUGACCAGCGUCAGGGUCGGGGCGGUGUCACGAUGAGUCUGAAGAAGGCGAGCCGCACCAAAAGUCUAUCACUGAGUGGCGAUGACUUCCCGCUACGGCCGAUUAAACCGCGGGCGGCCUUUGCCACGGCCAAACGGCCCGAGGAUACGAUGAAGAUUAUGAAGUACAUCGAUGACAACGUGAUCGGGAAGGGAGUGGCGUUUCUCGGUCCGUUCGGGAGACGGAAAGUCGUCUACGCCGACUACGCUUCCUCCGGCCGGUCCCUACAGUUCCUGGAAGACUACAUCAACAAAGAAGUACUGCCAGCAUUCGGCGACACCAGCUGCAUAUCGGCCGUAACCGGUCUUCAGUCUCACCUUUACGACAAUGAAGCCCGCGAUCUGGUUCGGGCGGCAGUCGGUGCCACCGGCGAGGAUGCGAUCGUCUUCUGUGAUAACCCGGCCGAACGACUGUGCUUCCUGCUGUCGAGUACUGCCUACGAAAGUGGUAACAAGUUGGCACCGAUUCUGUUCGUAAGUAACGCGGAACCGAUCGCCAAUUUGCGACCGUGGUUGGAUGCGGGUUGGUUGGUGGAACGAGUUACGAAAAAUCACGAAGGUUUCCUGGAUUUGGUGGAUCUGGAGAAACGACUGAUGCAGUUUGCCGAUGCCAAGCGAUUGAUGGUGGGCUUGUUUUCCGGUGCUUCCCGUAUGACGGGUAUUUUGGCGGAUGAUGUUGCGACCACGAUACUACUGCAUCAGUACGAUGCCCUCUCGAUAUGGGAUCAUAGCGUAGCGGUUUCCUGUGCGCCGAUCUGUACUAAUCCGAUACUGCCGGGGGCACAGAAGGAUGCCAUUUUCUUUCACUGCAAUCGAAUGGUUGGAGGGGUUCAAGCUCCAGGAGUGCUAGUGGUGAAAAGAAAAAUGGUGGAAAACAACGGAUCUUUUUUGAACGAUACAGUUGGGAUUGUGGGUGCGGUACGAGCCGGUUUGGUACUACAGUUGAAGGAGUCGCUUGGGGUGCAGGCAAUAAUGGUGCGAAUGGAGAAAAUAUGUAAACAGAUGUUGGCUCACGUACGGACCAUUCCGGAGAUUGCACUGUUGGGGCCACCAUGUACAACAGCUAAGCGAUUAACUACUUUGUGUUUUAUGGUUCGUCAUCCACGGGGUGCAUUUCUGCAUCAUCGAUUCGUUGUGGCGGUACUGAACGAUGUGUUUGGUAUCCAGGCGACGGCGGAUAACAUGAUAGCGGAUUCGCUAGGGAUAAAUCCACAGCUAGCUGUAGAGUUUGAAAAAGUUUUGAACGAUGAAACGCUUAAGGCUGCUAGUAUUCAUCCGGGAUACAUUAGGAUUACGUUUCCGUUUUUCAUGACUGAAGCUGAAGUUGCGUUCAUACUAGAAGCGCUAAAGAUGGUGGCGACGGAGGCUUGGAAACUGCUGCCACAGUAUGAAGUAGACGGUAGAACCGGUGAGUGGCGGCACCAUUCUAACUCACUUGCCAAGGAACGGAAAUGGCUUGGAACGAUUCGCUACACGGAUGGGAAGAUGUUAUUCUCCGACCGGCGGAUUUCCGGUCCGGGUACGUUCCCGCAGAGCUACCCGGAUUGUUUGCAAACGGCGAGAAAUUUGUUUAAUCGAGCUAGAAAAAUGGCCCAACGAUCGGCAUCGGACGAAAUCGUUCUCAAGCUGGCACAUCCUUUAGUGGAAAAUCUACGCUGGUACAUGCUCCCUGGAGAAGCACACGAGCUUCUGCUUGGGCACUCGCACAGUGUCAAAAACACAGUACCGUUCGAUCCAACCCAAAUUCCAGAGAACCCCUCACUGCUGAUGAUUCACCGCCAUCACAGCCUGUCGGCAUUGGACAUCAAACGCUUCAAAAGCCGCAGUCUUCCCGCAUCUCCGAUGCAGAUAUCUCUCCGUAGGCAGCACUCCAGUUCACCGCAACCGGCUUACAGUCCAACGCAAACGCCAACUGCAUCACCACCGAUUGUUCGAUUCUCCCUCGGUGGCGAAGUAAGCAACUACAGUCCUCCGCAGAUCAACAGCCUAAUAGCCAACAAUACCGGCAGCACCAGUCGGAACAGAUGCAAUAGCUGGGGUUCGUCUGCGACGAGCACGAUGAGUAUUGGCAGCCAUAGCGACCGAAACCGCACUAACACUUGUGUUGUCGAUGAUGAUGAUUAUGGUGAUGGUAGUGGUGGUGGUGGUAUUGAUGGAAGUGCUUUUGGUUUGGACAUUCUUGGACCUCAGACGCGCCACAAUCUGGGCUUGAUGCAGCACCAGCGCCGACAAUCGCAGAUGGCGACUCCCACUACUCCAAUGAACAUGGACAUUGAUGGGUUUUUUGCAUCGCAGCAACCGCUGAUUUUCGCUGCCAAACCGAAGCAACGUUCCUGUUCCUGCAGUAGCCAGACGGAUCUCAGCAUGGGUUCGAGCAGUGAGAAUCUAGCGAGCUGCAUUGGGGCCUCGCAAGUACCAUGCCUUUCGAGUGUACAGGCGACUGGAAGCAGCUGCAGUGACAGCGUUGAGGAUAUUCAGGCGUACGUGAAGGAGGUAACUAAGGAACUAGCGACCGAGAUCAAAUCAGAGAUUCGAGAAGUCAUUUCCAAAGUUGAGGAUGUUCUUGAGAGUACCGAUAGUUUAGAUAUGAGCGGAGCGGCAUUUAAUUCUCUGGGAAAUAUAAGCUGCAAUAACGACAGUAAGCGCGAUUCGAUCUCCACCAGUGACGUAGUCGACUAUCUCAAGGAAUACAGCAAAGGCAUGAUGAUCGAGGUAAAAUCUGAGAUCCGCGAUGCCAUGAAUGCCGUAGACGGAAUCAUCUCACCGGAUGGAUGUCUUGGAUCUCGCAAAAAUUCUCCGCCGGAUAUCCUGAAAGCCAAUGUCGGAGGACCUAGACUUCUAAUAAAACAACGCUAUAGUGAUAUCAACCCGGCUGGCCGACCCAAGUCCGCGGACAUCGUCGACAAACAUCGUUCGGAGUCAUUUCCUCGACCGAAUGCAUCCCCCACAGUGCCAAAUCCGGACAACUUUCCGUACACGGGUGCCAUUGCGAAAAAGGUUGACCUCAUGUCGUCAAUGUCCUCGCAGGACUCGGGUAUCAACAUGUCUUUCAGCGAGCAAGAUGACAAGCUGCGAGCUGCUGUCUCUAGGGAUAGAAACCGAACUAUUUCAGCCCAACUGGAAGAAUCAUUCAGUCGACAGGAACCGCUUGAACAGCGGCGAUUUCUGUCCGAAUCGGCAGCACCCGCGGUUACCAUUCCUACCGCAGCUGCACGUCUUCCAACCACUCCGGAGGUCGAACUUCCACUGAAAAAUCCCUUACUUCGUCAACCGGCCGUGUUGAAAAGUCCACCUUCGAAGGAACCCGACGGUGCUGCUGGCGGCAGCGGCGGUGGUGGUGGAGGUUCGGAAGUGGCAACGUGGCACAACCUACCCAAGGACAUCUGGAAACAGGCAGCCGAGGCCCUCGACGACUUCGACAUGAUCAAGGACAGCGAUCGCAUCCUGGUUUGCCUGUCCGGUUCCAGCUCAUCCCUCUGCUUGCUGCACCUGCUGCGACAGUUCACCCGAGCACGGCACCUUAGCAACGUCCAGCUGGCCACGGUUACCUUCGGCGAUAGUGGCGUCGAUCCGCGAGCUCUGAUGCUGUACCUGCGCGAGCUCGGCGUCGAAUUUUUCUACGAACAAAAAGAAUCGCCCGAGAACCUGCAGGAAAAACUAGCCGCCCUGGCACACCGCAAGGGCUACAACGUGCUGGCAAUGGCAAAUACGCUGGACAAACUGGCCGAUCGUUUCCUGGUAUCGCUCCUGUACAAAGGAAAAUUCAGUACCCUCCAGGCUAUUGGCAGUGCCGGUCCGCACCCAUCGGAAGUUCGCAUCAUUCGCCCGCUGUUGUACAUUCGCGAGCGAGUGCUGGAAGAAUUUGCCGCCAGCAGAGCACUUCCGUCGCGACCUUCGCGGCUGUUCACACGACCCCCGGAUGCGACCAACAGUAUUCUGCGGGUACAGGAGGCCACCAAUCCGAAUGUGUACGGGAAUAUUCGCAGUGCGUUGAAGCCGCUGCUGGCGUUGAGGGUAGAGUCAUCCAAGCUGGCUUACGAGUCCGUGCGGGCAGCAUUAAUCACCAGGGACUAGAAAUGGGAUUUUAUUGGGUGCAAUGAGUAUCGUAGUGACAGAGAGAGAGAGAGGAAAAAAUGUAGAUAGGAUAACUAAUUUCUGUAUAAAAUACUGCUAGAGUAAGGAGAGCUGCUGAGUGUGCGGCAUCAUCCAAGUGAUGUAAAACCAUUCGAAGAGUUGUAAAUAAAGCGGAGAGAAUUGUACUGCAAUUCAUGAGAGUUACUGCAUAAAAAUAAAUUUAAAUUUUUUAUUUUGGUUAA